AAUGAAUACAAACUUGUGAUCAUGGGAGAUAUGAAGACCCCAGACUUUGACGACCUUCUUGCAGCUUUUGACAUUCCUGACAUGGUGGAUCCCAAUGAAGCUAUUGAGUCUGGCCAUGAUGAACAUGAUCACAUGAAGCAAACUGCCCAAGGCGAUGAUGAUGCCCACAUCCCUUCCUCAUCGGAUGUUGGCGUCAGCGUUAUAGUGAAAAACAUAAGAACCCUCGAAUCUUCUGAAACGUCAGACAAAGAUCAUCAUCACUCAACCGGUAAUGGCUUGCACAAUGGCUUUCUCACCAUUUCAAAUCUUGAACGGUUUAACAAGGAAGGGCUGAAAUCUCUAAAGGAAAAAGCUAUUGCAUCUGGCACCAUUCACAAAGAGACUGUCUUUAAUCAGUUCAGUCCCAUUUCCAGUGCUGAAGAAUUUGAUGACGAUGAAAAAAUUGAAGUGGACGAUCCUCCUGAUCGAGAAGCCUUGUGUUCAGGUUUUGGCUCCAGUAUAUUAACUCAGCAUCUCUAUGAACGGGACAAAGCCGUUGAACAUUUAAUAAAGCCUAGGACUCCCGUCGCCAACAACGUGGAAAAAAGCAAAGCGAGCAAACAAGACUACGAGGUUGGUUCCGUAUUUGACACCUUUAAACUUAAAAAACUUGAUGAGAAGCUGGAAGAGGGCGCUCAAAAAAUGUUAGAGAGCAAAGCGAUCGAUGGCAAACUGGACUCUGAAAAAAGUGAAGUGAAUGGAGGAAAUGUAGCACAGCUGAAGUUAAAGUCUUCUGCAAAGCUUUCAUCCUGCAUUGCUGCCAUUGCUGCUCUUAGUGCGAAGAAGACAACAUGUGACCCUAAGGAGAUACACACCAUUCCAGAGGAGUCCUCUCAAGUGCCAAAAGAAAUUGACACUCCAUUGGCCAACGUAAAGCCUUCUGAAGCUCAACUGACCAUGCAAAAUAUGAUUGAUAGUACAAAGAAGACCCCAGUAAAGCCAUCAGACAGCCCAAGUAGUGUAUCGAGUGAGAACAGCAGCAAAGGAUCCCCAUCAUCUAGUGGCUCAACUCCCGCUAUACCAAAAGUAAGAAUUAAGACCAUCAAGACUUCCUCAGGGGAAAUCAAAAGAACUGUCACACGAGUGUUGCCUGAUUUUGAAGCCGAAGGUACGAAACAAGUAUCAGAUCAAACUUCGCCAGUAGUAGUCUCCUCUCUUUUGUCAUCCCCAACAUCUGCUGCUGCUAUUCUUUCUUCACCUACUAGGGCGUCCUUGCAAACGACCGUUGCUACUAAUGCGGUUGUGGCAACAGACGGCACUCCAAAACAGGUUACAAUCAAACCAGUGGCUACAGCUUUCCUACCUGUAUCUGCAGUAAAAACGGCAGGCUCGCAAGUGAUAAAUUUGAAGUUCGGUAACAAUACCACAGUUAAAGCCACCGUUAUAUCUGCUGCAUCUGUCCAAAGUGCCAGCAAUGCGAUCAUCAAAGCAGCCAGUGCCAUGCAACAGCAAACCAUGGUGGUCCCAGCUUCCAGUCUUGCCAACGCAAAACUUGUGCCAAAGACAGUUCAUUUUGCCAAUCUUAACCUCUUGCCUCAAGGUUCUCAAGCUACUUCAGAGCUUCGUCACGUGUUAACUAAAACCCAGCAGCAAAUCAAACAAACUCUUGUAUCGACCACUGCUGUGACUCAACCCAAGAAGGUGUCCAGAGUCCAAGUAGUGGCUUCCUCCCAAAGCUCUGUGGUGGAGGCCUUUAACAAAGUACUUAGUAGUGUAAAUCCCAUUCCAGUCUAUGUUCCCAACCUGAGUCCCCCAACCAAUGCAGGAAUUACUCUGCCAGCACGGGGAUACAAGUGUUUAGAAUGUGGAGACGCCUUUGCACUGGAAAAGAGUCUUUUGCAGCAUUAUGAUCGCCGAAGUGUUAGGAUUGAAGUAACCUGCAACCACUGUGGGAAAAAUUUAGCUUUUUACAAUAAAUGCAGUCUUUUGUCGCACGCACGUGCUCAUAAAGAGAAAGGAGUCGUGAUGCAGUGUUCGCACCUUAUCCUCAAGCCAGUGCCAGUAGACCAAAUGAUCGCUUCGUCCCAGAACAACGUUCCCGCUCCAACGACCUUGACUCUGCGACAAAGCCCAGCUAUUGCAGUUGCCCACCCAGUAUCGAAGGUGCUGUCGGGUGCAUCUGCACCAGUGAUUUCUGGUCCUGCCAGUGCACCUGUUACCCCAGCAAUGCCUUUGGAUGAAGAUUCAUCUAAGCUCUGCAGACAUAGUCUGAAGUGUUUGGAAUGCAAUGAAGUCUUUACAGAUGAAACGUCCUUAGCAACACACUACCAACAAGCCGCGGAUGCAACUGGACAAAAGACGUGUAGCAUUUGUAUGAUGCUUCUACCCAACCCGUGUAGCUUUGCCUGCCACCAGCGCAUUCAUCAGCACAAAUCUCCAUACACGUGUCCUGAGUGCGGAGCAAUCUGCAGGUCGGCACACUUCCAGACGCACGUCACCAAGAACUGUCUGCACUACACCCGCAGGAUCGGCUUCCGGUGUAUGCACUGCAAUGUGGUCUACUCAGAGGUCGCAGCAUUAAAGUGUCACAUUCAAGGAUCCCAUUGUGAGGUCUUCUACAAGUGUCCUAUCUGUCCGAUGGCAUUUAAAUCUGCACCCAGCACCCAUUCUCAUGCAUAUACGCAGCACCCGGGUGUGAAGAUAGGUGAACCCAAAAUAAUCUACAAGUGCUCAAUGUGUGACACGGUGUUCACCAUGCAGCCUCUACUCUACCGCCAUUUCGACCAACACCUUGAGCACCAGAAAGUGUCCGUGUUCAAGUGUCCGGACUGCUCUCUCUUGUAUGCACAGAAGCAGCUGAUGAUGGACCAUAUCAAGUCUAUGCAUGGGACCCUGAAGAGUAUUGACGGCCCUCCAAAGCUGGGCACCAACUUGCCUCUGAGCACCAAACCCACUACCCAGAAUUCCACCAGCCCCAGCAAGGAGGAGUCCAAGCCUGUUAACGGCACGGAGAAGACAGAGAAGAACGCAUCUGUCCCUGAAAAGAAAACUUCCAGCCAGCUAAUCAACAAGCUUCCCAAUACAGGCUGGACCUGCUGGGAAUGUGACCGCAACUUCAACCAGCGGGAGCCGUACAUCUCACACAUGAAAAAGGAGCACGGAAAGCACAUGAAGAAGCAUCCAUGCCGGCAGUGCGACAAGUCCUUCAGUUCAUCACACAGUUUAUGUCGGCACAACCGCAUCAAACACAAAGGCAUCCGCAAGGUCUACACCUGCCCGCAUUGUACCGACACCAAACGAGCUUUCACCAAGCGCUUAAUGUUGGAGAAACACAUUCAACUCAUGCACGGCAUCAAAGAACCUGAAGUGAAAGCCCGCAGAGAAGUGAAAACUGAAGAGACAUUGGAGGAGAAAGACUGUCCGCAGGUGCCUGCACAAAAGCGCAAGCUAGAAGAACCCGUUAUGGAAUUCCGGUCUCCCCGGGGAGCCAUUACUCAGCCCCUGAAGAAACUGAAGAUCAACGUCUUCAAGGUCCACAAGUGUGCUGUGUGUGGCUUUACGACAGAAAAUCUUCUUCAGUUCCACGAGCACAUCCCCCAGCACAAAUCUGAUGGUUCCUCCUAUCAGUGCCAGGAAUGUGGCCUCUGCUACACCUCUCAAGUGUCCCUCUCCAGACACCUUUUCAUUGUUCACAAGCUCAAGGAGCCACAGACCUCUGGCAAGCUCAAUGGUUCUGGAGAGGAUGCUCAGCAGGAGAAUAAACCUGCAGCUGGGAACGAAGCAGCAGAUGGCAUAACAUCUGACAAAACGUGCAAAGUUUGCUCCAAGACAUUCGAAACUGAAGCUGCCUUAAAUACCCACAUGAGGACUCAUGGGAUGGCUUUUAUAAAGUCUAAAAGGAUGGGCACUUCAGAGAAAUGACAUUGUCUCUACAUUAAGGAGUACAGCACUUCUGUCCUGCAAAAGUGUGAUUAGAAGAAGACCUAUCUAUAGAAGGCUAAAGCAGCCAUUUUAUGCAUUGAACCAAUACUCAAGGGGUAGUUCAAUAGUACAUUUUUCUUGCUGUACAAGGGAAAAGCACAGGGCUCUUAAAUGCUAGGGGUGAAUCCAAGUUCUACCCUUGCAUUUGCAGUCCAAUUACUCCCCAAACACUUUCAGUCCUCACUUGCAGUGUUCAUUGCAAUGCCCUUCCGGCAGCUAAGAGGUGAGAAUGAGGGCAGAGAAGACGUGCAAGUGAGGUUCAUAGUUUACAUUUGAGAAGGUACCUUCUUCCUAAGGAAGGAUGUGCAUCAGAUUCUGGGUACUAGUAAUCCACCUCAAACAUUCCCAUGGUGUAGAUGGAAUCUUUAGCGCUACAGAAGUGUGGCCACUCCCAGCCCAGAAGGCCCGGAUGAAGACAGCUGCCUCUGAGUUAGUCUAUAAGGAGGUCUUGUGGCAUUACCUCUGUCCUUAUGGAAGCUUCUAGUAACUUUCAGUGAUAUCAAACCGGAAUGAGUGGGAGGUUUUCACUUCAAAUGCGAAAAGGUUGACUGCUUGGGACAAUUGUCACCUAAAGUUGUCUAGCCCCAAGGGAUAGGAUCUCGAAGACCACAGCUAAGUGUCUAUGCAGCAUGGACACUCCAUUUCUUUAGCCUUUUACUGGUUAAUGAAGGAGAUCCACUUAUAAUGCAGUGCUGCUGAAGCUGUUGGCGUUGUAGUUGUUUUGGGUAGGAUUGGUUGACCACCAGUCGCUGGAAUGGACCACCGAAAAAGCUGGGAGAACACAAGAUGGAAUACUGGCGCCAUGAAGGGAUUGUCUUUGGAUGACUUGUACUUUCAACAAUACACUACAAAUCUAAUUUUUCCCUUUGCUAGCAAAUAAUGGGCUGCGACCUCCAUGAUUAUUGGUUCACCUUAAACAAUGGCCCCCACUGUUUCACCAACAUGUCCACUUUUUUGGAUCGGCUGUUAAGUACCUUUAAAGAACAACAACCAAUAAUUGGUGGACUAAGACGAUGGAAUCACCCCAUUGCAAUACUUUUCAUCGUCACUUACCUGCCUCUUCAAGAUACUGAUACACUGGCCCUACAAAAGCAGUGUUCAAUGUAGAAUCCACAACAGAUGUAAAUAUAGACUCCUUUUUAUACUCUU